GGAAGUGUGGACCAUUCCUUUCAAGCAACAAACAACAAUCAGACUUGGACCAGCCACGCAGCAGUGUGGGCGGCGAGGCAGCCGAGAGAGCAUGGCCGCCGGUAGCGAGAUCACCACCCACCCCUCGCCGCCUGUAGAGAAUCACAAGGUAUCGCGCGGCUCGGACCAAGAGGAUGGACGUCCAUGGUUCCCGGCAGCCGAACUGGACCUUCCUCCUGACGCAGCUCUUGGUACUCCUUGUUAUUGCAGAUAUUUUCCGCCUUCCCUCCCUGCUGAUGGCGGAGGGUAACACCUGCGGCUGCUGGGGCAAGAACCAGAUCUACGUGCACUACAGCCCCCCCGUCAGCGGCUGGUUCAACCGCAGAAACAAGUUUGUCUACGAGCGUUUCUACUCCGUCCUCGGCACGGAGCCCACCAAACACCGCUUCCUGCUGCGGUACACCGCCAAGAGGAACUACUGGGUCCUGCUGGAGCAGAAGGACGGGAGGAUGAAACGCAUCCUCAGCAACGGCAGGUUCAGCGACACAGACCGGAUCAUCGUAUCGUGCCCGACCGGCCAGUGCUCCUGCCAAGAAGUACUCGUCGACGCGCAAGGGUCGAGUUGUUUUCAUUUUGAUGGUCUCUAUAAAAGAACCUCACGAGACGGGAGAAACUCCACAACAGACACACAGCCCACUGAGAGGAAGGAAAAACGAUCCCAGUGCUUGUUGACAGAGCUCUCGAAGUGCCUGACGAAGAACCAAGACACCAACACAGAGAAGGGCUGUGAGAUGUACACGGAGCCGCUGAUGGCCAAUGCUACCAAACCCGAGAGUGGCCAAGAGAAGUACGAAAUGUUUUUCUUCGAGAUGAAAAAACUAGACGAGCACGACUUCUGGUUGAUCGAGUCGGAGGAGAAGGUGUAUGCAGUGAGCCGCAACAUUGGACCGUGCCCGGACCAGCUGACUCCUGACUCCAACGCCUGGAUUCGCACUGACGACAAUUUCAGUGAGAGCAUCAACGUCACCUGCGUCGCCUGGGACAGCCCCUCCGGUGACUGAUCCAGCACGGCCUGGCGACACAGUGUUGGUGCAGCAGCUCAAGCUCCUUUGGCCUCGUCAGAUAAGGGCGUGAGGGAGAGAGUUCAUGGUCCACCUACCUCACACGCAUCUGCAUGGGUCAAAAGCGAAGUGAAAAUGCAUGAAGCAUAUAAAUUAUUUUCCGGACUCCCAUCAGCCACGUACAAAGAAUAGUCCACCUGCCUUGGUUUUUGCUCAAGGGAUCAGUACUGUUCCUUAAAUUGAACAACACGUGAAGCAAAACCCGUAACGUUUGCGGAGUAAAGGAGUUCACAUUUCAGUAUCAAGAGUAUGUUCUGUUUUAUUAAAAGUACAGUUUUAACCCCUUGACUGCGGAUUUCCUACAGUCAGACCUCACCAAGCUACUGGAAUGGAGCAAAAAGUGGCUGUUAUAAUUCAAUGUAGAAAAAUAUAAAGUCCUGCAUCUUGGGAGGGGAUAUCCAGCACACCAAUACCACAUGGGAAACACUCCACUAUCCACCACAAGCAGAGAAAAACCUAUGCCUAUAAUGUUACUAGGCUACCAGGGAAGGCCAAAUCCGUGCCAAUCGCUGCGGACGGGUUAACGUAUAAAAUGUCACACACAGCCACGAUGACUCGACGAACUGUCUUGCUGGGCGAUCUCCUGCCCAGGGUAUGGCGGCCGAUCCCCACACAAUACUACCUCUUAGUCAUAGCUAAUUUAUAAUAUAUAAUUAGAUACGCAGCUUUCAAUAUACGCAACGAAUGAAGUCAUGAGAGUAUGUGGAAAUAUGAAUGAUGAGUUUUAUCAUACUUGUUAGAAUGUCUGUUAAGAUUGUUUAGAAUAUUUUUUUUAAAUUACUGUCUAGCAGCUUCCUACCAAAAAUAUUGAGUUUGAUAACCCUAAGGUGAGCACACUGUGACCUUAGCAUCAUAACCGAGCAAAAAAUAUCAAAAACUAUUUUUAUAUAUAAUAACAAAUAAACUCUUGAGUAAAAUUAUAUAUGUUCAUUAUCCGAACUCUACAUUUAUUCACGUACUCCUGUUGGUAUUAAUAAAACGACUAAGUAAAAGGACACUAAAGUAAGUUUUCAACCGGCCUCCGAGGGUCCUCGAUGCAGCCACCCGUCCCGCGGGGCCGCAAAGUUGGAACAAACAAUAGGAGAGUCGAUUCUGAAAUAUGUGGUGUGAAACUAAGCAGUGUACAGUGUGUCAGGUGUCCAAACUGCGUCAGACCUCAAAGUCUUCCAGCAAAGCAUUGGUGCAGCGAAUGAAACGAACAGGAUGUUGGGCUUCAUUUAAAGAAACUUCUCAUUUAAGAAUAGAGGUUAUUACUAGGUACCACUGUGUAAACAGUUCAGUCGGACACUACUGGGAAUACUCAGUGCAUUUCUGGUCUCCCCAUCAUGCGAAGGACAUUGCUAAAUUAGGUUUUAAAUGUAGGUAAAGGUAAAGUUUGGGGUAUACGCAACAGUUGCGUAUGGCCACGGUGCUCAUCUCCGUCGCAGUGGCCUUUGAGCGUGUGGUGGGGAGAGCCCAUCACCCCGGGACACAGCCACCGUGACAUCUGGGUUACCACAGCUUCCCUUCCUUAGGUUUCUCCAGGUACUCAUUUAUCAACAAGCCCGACGGGGAGGAUGAACAGCUGGGUGAGCUGCACGAUGACUGCCCGGGCCGGGAUUUCGGUCCGUGCCUGCAAAUUCGUGGCUAGGCACGCUAACCUCUGCACCACGUAGGAAACAAAGAUGAUCCCUUAACCCAAUAAAUCUUAUGGUGAGAGGCCCUCUUCUCUACAUAUAUUCUAACUUGCGAAACGUCGCCUCAGUGGAAAAUUGAUUGAAUAUUUCAAAAUACUUGAUUUUACGACACGUCUCGAACAAGAAAUAAAUUCAGACUGCACGACAUUUUUUUACACCAGCGUUGUAGCCCAAGGAAAGGAUAAACUUACACAUUCAGUAGGUACAUUACAACACUACUGACUCGUUAAAAACUAACCUCAAACCACCGUUUCCUCUACCUCAACAUUCACUGAGGCAGAAAUGGUCGUAAUGACCAUUUGUCAGUUCGUUUUAUUGUAGUUUCACCAAGUAUCAAGAAAGGACCACUUCGUCUCGACUCUGGGUCUGUGUCGUUUCAAUAUCAAUGUAAAUCUAAAUCAAUUAAAAAAUGUAUCCGUAAUACACAAACUAUUUUAUUGGUCACUUACCGGCCUCCACUGUUGUGUGGGUCUCCCUUCACUUGGUGCAUGCAUGCCUUCACACGUGUGGGGGGCGGCAGGGCAAGGCUCGGUGUAUUUUCGGGCCCCAAAUCGUCCCGCGUUCCACGCGUCUCAGCCUCCAGCUUAGGGAUGGACGAGACGCCACGGUGCCGCGGCUUGCUCCUGGUGACAGCACAGAGGUCCUCUACACUGAGUCUACAGGACUGACAUCCGGUGAGCUUCCGGGCCGGGGAGUCCUAAAGAAGUCAGUCCCACAAUUCCAAGCAAUCUGUAGUUACUUUGGCCGUGUGUGCUGAGGGACGUCAGCCUUCGGUGCCUCCAUACACUCCUCCAGGCUGUCGACACGCAGCUCAGAGUAACGCUCCUUGGUGGUGCUGACGUUCCUGGGGAAGCAUUAUCUUGUCUGUGCCGCAACACGUCAAGCACUCCCACACCGUGCACGAGCGACGGGACAAGUUUCGGCUCCGUGGACUAGAUUGGGGUCGGUAAGUCACGUUCUUAGCGGCGGUUCGCCCUGCCCCAGCGGUGGCACGUAACAAUGAGGGUUGCAUAAAAUACUCCUCUACUUCCUCUCAGGCCAAGUGUUGAGCCCAAAGGUGUGCUGGUGUGGCAGCGCCUUCCCAGCAAAGACGGCUCUUCCUCUUUCAACAGUCGUACAGUCAGCCUAAGAUCAGCGCCACCUCGACUCGUCCACAUGUCUUAGGGCACAUCUUCCGGGGGCGGUGACCACAGAGGAGUGAGUCGGGGUUUCGGCGCUGCCUCUGUCCGUGAAGCGACUCACCCGCCGCGACACGAUAACCACAUUCACACUGUCUGUCUCUCGUUCCCACGUCUACUGUGACCAGAACAAUAUCUGAGCCAUUUUGUCACAUCAACACACGCGUGGUCGCAAGGCACAGAAAUCCCUGGAAAUGGCGUAAAAUCCAACGAACAAUAUGACCACAACACUACCCCGACACUCCCGCUGGUCGACUGCGGCUGGCUCUGAGUGGCUCACCGUUGCCAAAUUAUCGUACUCAGAGCCUCGUAUUUACCGGUUUUUGAGCCAUAACAAUUGCCGAGAAACACCAAUAAUUAACCAUUUUAACGAUAACUAUAUAUGAAAGAAGUUAUUGGAGUCGAGGAAGCAGUUUUUGGGUCGGAAAUCGGUAAACAUGGGAGGCUGAGUACGACAAUCUGGCAACGUUGGGCUGGCCGUGCCUCUGUCCGGCUCGUGGGGAAGGGACGCUGAUGACCUGCAAUGGCCGGACUAAUUUCGAGACUGACCAUUCAUUUCCACGUAAAAUGACCCUCUCUCAGAUUUUUUUUCGCGAAAAGGAUACGGAAACACAAGAUGGAAUAUAUCUCAGAAUCACAUCAUGGCAGUUUCACGGUGAAUAUAAAUGCAUCCACGACUAAAAUCACUGUGCUGUACACGAAAAUAAGUAAUCGGUGUUGUGUUCUAAUCUUCUCACCUCUUGGGAACCCGCAGGACAGCGUGUGCCACUGAUAUGAAGUGUUGAAAUGAGUGCGCCGGAGCAGCCGCCAAAGUAGCCCAAAGAAGCCAAAAACCGCGGCUCACCCCGUUGUGUAGCAAGUCACCGCUGGAAACCGGUCGCGUGCUCUCCCCGGCGACUCAAAGAAAACGAUGCGGCAGGAUAAACCUCGUUAUUAAUGUUUUAAUUGUUGUGCUCUUUUGUGGCGUCUUCAUUGUUUAUCUCGUUAAUUGUUUAUUUUCAACUGUUUUUCCAUGUGCUGCUACACAUUACACAUACAUUUGGUAC